UUAAUAGUAGCGUUAGGAGUAGCUACUUGGAUGGAUACGGUGGAAGAUUGCAGCACCAGUCUCUUCAGUUUGGCCAAAAAACUUGCACUAUCAAUUUCUCACGAUGAGCGCGGCAAAGUUCUCUCAACAUCUGUGGCCAAACGGCGUACGCAUAUUUACGAAUCUAUUUUACGAGCAAGUACAGAACCGCAGCCGCCGCCGCCCUUUCACCAAUAUGAGCUUCUUCGCCAGAUGUUCACAUGCUUGGUUGGAUCAUCGGAAUGCGCAGAGCUGCGUGAAAGGUAUGAACAGUUGCAAGGGGUCCAAGAACUGGUCAAGGAGCAUAGUGAAUAUUUUCACUCGCCAAUGGGCAAUGCUAUUGCUUUCUUGCUGCUAAACAUAUCAGAGGUUAAAGUAGUUGCUGCACCCGAAAAACCUAAAAACAUCAAGGUGUGGGAACCGUUCAAUUUUCACACACCUGCCCCUUUCGGUCUCAUUGUCCACAAUGACGACAAUGAUGAAUUACGUGACAAUAGUCAACAAUUUGAAGAACUGCAGGACCUGCGUAACCCAAUGCCCAAGUUUUUUAAGUCGGUAGACUACUUGCGCUCUAAGCUGGAUAAGGAGCCGCUGAAAGCUUGUCGUAGUUCUCCAAUUAUGCUAAGCGACAUCAAUGAAUUGCGUGGUGCAUACAACGCCGCCACACCUGUGACCAAGCUGCCUGGAAUUUUUGAGCGUUCUUUAGUGCGCUUAAGGGAGCCCAAGGUUAAUACGCCUCGAGUAAGCCCUCAUCUGCCUCUAAUAAAGCCACCUCAGCAGAAGAUGUGCAAUGAACCUGAAGUAGAACCAAGUAGUGGUGGCUCUUGUUCCCCCGAUCUGCCAAAACACUUCAUUUCGGAUCUGAAUUUAACACACGAGCUAAAGCGCCUACAUUGCAAAGAGCAAGGACAAAGUUUUGAGCCAUAUAUUAUAGAGUUACCUGAUCUCAUUGAUGAUCUGAAAAAGGCUGCAGUUGGUUUACAAUCUGAAUCUUGCAUCAUCGGCCCGAAUGGCCUUUUUUGCCUGCGGUCGAAUUUAACGCUUGCGAGUGUGUUACCUGAGGUCCUUGUGGAGCUUACGCAACGUUUCCUGGAAUGUGGUGACUGUUAUCUGCGCCUGCGUUUUCGCUCAAAAUGGCAAAGGGGGAAAUUUCGAACAGAAGGACUACUAAACCGGGCUAUGCGCCAAGCUGUUAGUGAUUUUUUAAUCGUCUGUCGUCAGUUCUUUCUUGCACUACCCGGCACUACACUGACACAUUUGAUAAGGGGUGCAAGUUCCACUAUGGGUUUGCUGCAGAAAGUUGAUCAUAUGUUCAGCUCAGAACCUCGUCUGAACAUAGCUGAAGGCACGACCGGAGCGUGCUUGCUGAGCUAUAUCUGGACUGCCAUCGAUUGUUACGUUACAAGUGAAUACUCAGAACUGCUGCUGUACUUUCUCAAGCGCCUGUGUCAAACGUAUUAUGCCCAAAUGCAAAAAUGGCUGUAUAAUGGUAUACUAGAGGGCCAAUUUAAUGAGCUCUUUGUCAGUUGUCAUGUGGCUAAAUAUCAUGAAUGCAGCAAGGAAUUUUUCGAUAAGGGCUAUGUGGUGCAUUCCGAAGCUGUGCCGGGAUUUUUAGUCGGGUGCGAGCAGGCCAUUGUGCAGUGUGGCAAAUACAACAUGUUGCUUAAAGCCUACAAAUCGAAGCAUCCACUCUUCGAACUCAAUCAUCCCAAUAUAGUUGUGUGUUUAUCCAACGACGAAAUCAAAACGAUGCGCCAGAAUUUAGAGGAGCACUACGCCGGCAUCUCUGGUCAGUUCGAGCCGUGCAACAUACAAUUAAUCUAUGAGCAGCGUGCAGCAGUGAAACAACGCCUUAAGAAUUUUAUAUUCGCUCGUACUCAGGCGCACAUUGAGGCAUGGGAGAUUAAACAAAAGCAACUCUUUAAGGAUACUAAAGCCCAGAAAAAGCAGUUGUUCGACCAGCUGAGUGCACAACGAGAGGAGGAAUUGCAGAACAAGCUAGAGCAGCGACGGCUGGAUAUCGUUAGAGAUUUGGAAGUUGAGCGGGAGCGAGUUCAACUGGAGGAUCAACGAAUGCAGCGCGAGAAACAAAGAUUACAAAAGCGUAUUGGUAUUCUGCAGGAGGUGGUAAAGAUCGAAGCAACUGCGGAAGUGGAUCCUCCUGGUUCCAUUCAUAGUCCAAGCAGCAGCAAUGGCAGCUCCUCAGAUCGCAGCUUUGUUUCAUGUUGUGACGAAGUUAGCGCAGAACUUAAUACUACAGUCACCCCGCCGCUCACCACGCUUGCCGUUGUAGAGUUGAAACGUAGCCACUCAGAUGUACUCAACUCCAAUGAAGAGCAGCAUCUAGGGGUACUACCUACUGAUUUGGAAUGCAACCGCAAACGUAUGAUGAGCUCACAAAACGUUGAUCAAAGUGAACCACGGGUCCACCUGCAGGAGCGGGUGCUGGCUCUAUCGACGGAAGCGCAACGAAAUAAGUUGCGCGUUCUCAGUUGCAGUGAGCAGAUAGCUCCGCACGACGAAAAUCUCAAUACGCUGUCAGCCACAGUCGCUCCUAAUGAUAACAGCAAUGAACUGUCGAGCGACCUUCAGCGCAAUCGUCAACGUAUGAUGCAGCAUGAUAUGUUUAGUGCCUUUAAUUCGGUUGAAGAUGCACAUGCGCAGCGUUCCAAGUGCCUUUUGACUGCGGAUACAGAGCGUGCACGCAAUCGUCGACGUGUAAUGGAAAGCGAGUUUGAUAUUAUUGUGGGAAAUAUUGAAAUGCAAUUGCCCUUGGAGCGACACAAACUGUACGUGGAGGAGGAAUCAGUGGCGCCAGGUACGCCAAUGUCAACCACAUCGGAUGUUGAAGCAACGAUGACGACAUCCCAUGAGGAAAAAUGUCAAGAUACUGUGAAUAACAAUCAGACCAAUGUGCUCGAGAAACAAAUUAACACUAGCGAAAACAAUGAACAAGUAUCAGAAGGAAACGUCUUGAUAGAUGAUAUAUUGCAGGGCCAGUCACAAUCAUCAGAACCAAUAGAAGGCCUUUCUACUUUGCCGACUUUCUUUUCAAUUUCGCACGCCAAACCUGUUCAGGCCCCUUGUAAACUGGAAACUUUGAAUGCAACUGCCAAGGCGCACAAUCCUUACAUGAUUAAAAGUCUCCUGCAGGAAUCUCUUUUGCUACCGCUGAACGCUCAUUUUGGGAUUCUGCGAAAUGAAGUAAUGCGAAUAUUCUUCGUAGAUUCGCAAAUCUAUGAACAUUUUCGUCAGCUGCGAAAUCACUUCUUGAUGUUUGACGGACAGUUUGGAGCGCAACUCACUACCGGCUUACUCGGACAUAUUGAAGAUGGAAUGGAUCCACGCAGUCUUUGCCAUAAAGGUAUUCUGGAUGCCAUACUUGACAAUGCACUCAGCAUAAACUCAACAGAAUGGGCGCAGAAUCUUACGCUGAAUUGCCAUGAAAUACCAGAAGGGUUCGAUCUCAUGUCACUCCGUGCACUCUCAAUAUUCAACCUACAGUAUAAAGUAGAUUGGCCAUUGAAUCUCGUCAUUAGUUCUGAAGCUCUAGCCAAAUAUGCGCAAAUCUUUUCUUAUCUUAUGAAACUGCGACAUGUAAGCUUUGUUCUGGAACGCGCAUAUGGACAGUUACAACAACUGGCUAAGUUACACGGCUUCAAUAUUCGCAUGUCCCCACAAUAUCGACACAUACAGAUGGUGCGACACAAGUUAUAUCAUUUUGUGAGCACGUUGCAAAACCAUUUGGCGUCCAAUGCGUUGCAGUCAUCGUGGAAAAUGUUCAAGGACCAGCUUCGUAAUGUCAACACUGUAGAGGGCUUGUAUCAGCAACAUGUGGCAUAUUUAAAGCGUGUUUCAUUUCUUACGCUACUCAACCGACAAAGCUCCAAGUUUCAAGAGACAAUCGACGGUAUAUUUUUAAUAGCGCUGCGAUUUUGCAAAAUUCUUCAGUCUCAAGAUUUUGCAUUGGAAGGAGAGCAUUUUGUACAUCCCCGCUACAAGCGUUUGGUGUAUGAAGAUAGUGAGUUCGACAAGUUCAUGCGAUAUAUCAUCUACCUAGGCAACAAAGUGGCCGCAUCUGGCUAUCAAGAGGAAAUCGGCGACCUGAUACGUAUUAUUAAUUUUAAUAACUAUUACAAACUUUCUGAAGCAACUUCUACCUGAAUUAUUGUAUUAUUAGAAAAUUGUAUUAAAAAAGUCAAUGUUAAA